AUGGCUACUAUUGGUCUGACCUUUAUUCCUCAGUGUGAUCUCUUAUUUCCCAAAUGCUCCACCUGUGAAGCCGCUCGUGCGCCCUGUCUGAAAUUUGACAAUGAGAAACAAGCUGAGAUACCUCGAGGCUAUGUCCUGACUCUUGAAUCGCAAGUAAAACAGCUCAAGCUAGAAAUUGCGGAGCUGAAGGCUGAGAAGCAUAAUGAAGCCGGUCAACCAGGCUUUGUCUGCGAAAGAACUGACACCGGCUACAGCUGCAGUCCAAGUAGCCGAACGACUGCUACCGCUACGACAGAGUCAGUCACAUCUGACCCUCAGGAGAUGGUGAAAUCGAUGGGGCUCGUGCUCCUAGAGAGCAGCAAUCAUACGCAAUUUAUGGGAACAAGUAGCGGUGUUUCCUUUGCAAAAUUGGUACUCGCCUCAAUCAAGCAUGAUAUUCCCCUGGCUGGGGCAGAGUCACCAGAGCGGCAACGACAACAUCGACCAACGCCAACUGAACCAUCGACAAUUGUGACAUCGCUUCCGCCACGACAUGCCGCAGACCACAUAGCAAGGGCGUAUUUCUCAUAUCGGACCCCACAUCUUCCUAUUCUUGAGCAAAAGUCGGUUGAAAUUAUCUUCAACAGAGUUUACGAUCAGCCACUGAAUUGCUCAAGAAGGGUUGCAGAGCAUGACAUGUUCAUCACAUACAUGGUCUUAGCGAUCGGCCUAUUCAGUAUGUCAACCCGUGGAGGGUCUCGACCUCAACAGAGUGAAGGCUGCUUCAAUGCAGCUUUGCAGCGGGUUGAUACGCUGCUAUCUUAUUCCUCCGGUGACCUGGACACGCUGACAACAUUGAUACUUAUCGCACAAUACCUUGUCCUCAAUCCAUCCAGAGGUAACCUGUGGCAACUAACCGGUGUCAUUCUCCGCCUAUGUGUCGAUACUGGGUUACACUGGGAAACAGAGACAAUCCUCGCCUUCCCUGAAGCUCUUCUAAACAAAAGAAGAAGAUUAUACUGGGCAGCCUACGGACUUGACCGAUUCCUUUGCAUUAACCUCGGUCGUCCGUUCGGAAUUGCUGAGCAGAGCAUGAGCACACGCCUUCCGGAUCCAUAUAUUUCAGAAGCUGCCGAUGGUUAUGAAUCCGGGAAAUUGGAAGUCCUCCAUCAAAGGCUUGCAAACCAUAUCAUCAAGCUUUACAGGCUCCAGUCAGAAAUCAAGCACGUGCUUUAUCACCAGAUACAAGGGGCCACUGUCGCUUAUCCGCGCCCAAACUACAAUUUAUGGUUCCGGGAUAUUCAAAGUAGACUUCGCGCAUGGCAUGAUGAAAUACCGGCAGCAAAGCAGUGUGACUCAGAGUGUAUAUAUGCUCAGCAAGCAUGGUGGGAAGCUAGCUUUAGCGGGACAGUCCUGCUUCUUCAUCGACCAAACCCUCUUGUCGCCAAUCCGUCUUCGGAAUCCUUGAAAACUUGUUAUGAUACGGCUUGUCGCUGCAUCAGGGCGAUAAAAACACUCCAGCGAGAAGGACAUAUCACCAUCGUUUGGGAAUCUGUGCACCAGCUAUUCAUGGCUGGUCUGACAAUUAUAUAUUGCAUGUGGCAGUCCCCUCAAAUCCGAGAAAGCACCUCAGUUGUCGACUUCGCGACGGUGUCUCAGGAUUGUGCUGUCGCCUUGACUGCAUUGGUGGAGUAUUUUCCUGAGGCCAAGGGGUGCCGGGACGCCUUUGAACUUGUUACUUCUGCCACGCUGAGAUGGCUGGGCACAAAAGCAGAAGACAAUGGCUUGGACUGCCAUGGCUCAAUUUUGAACCACGAGAUUGAUCUCGUACGAGAGCUUAUGCCUUUCUCUACAGCUAGAUGGCAAAUACACGACCCCGGUAGCAUCUUCCCGGACGAACCAUUUGAGCUCGCAAACUUCCUGAGCGAGGCUGCUCAAUACCAUCGACCCUGGGAUUUAACAAGUGACUUCAGUUUAGAUGACCUCAUGGGAGAUUUUUCAUCCAUUGAGGGAGGUUUUAGUUAA